UCCGCGCGCCUUCGGGUGGUUGGGUUGGGUGGGGUUUAGGGUUUUGUACUAGGGUUUUCGUCCUCUCCACCACCUCCUGCUCCCCGCGCCCCCGCCUCCAUGGCUGGGGUGGAGGACGAGGACGAGUUUCGGGACGCCGACGACGCAGACGCCACCGCUCCGCCACCUUCAUCGACGUCGGUUUCGACCCCCUCCAAGCCCAAGCCCGCUGCUGCUGCUGCUGGCUUCGGCAGGAGGCUGCUCGCUUCCAUCCCUCUGCCCGCCACUUUCUCCGCCGCCAUCGGCCGACCCUCCACUCCUUCCAGCCCCAAGCCCCCACCGCCGCCGGCCUCCAAGGUGGGCCUUGGCCUCCUGCUCAACCCGGGUCGCGAGCCCUCCGCCGACAGCUCCGACGCCUCGGCCCACAACCUUCACCUGCCUCCGACGACUGCUCUCCAGCAACAGCACGGGGAGGAGGUGCUGGAGGAACAAGGCACCUCUGUUCAACGGGCUCACCUCGCUUUGCAGCACAGGGAAGAUCAGGUAGUUGGACAUGAUGUUGGUGGUGUGGGAGAGGAGCUAGUAGUACUAGUACCGAUGGAGGAGGAAUGCCGGCUUACAGCUGAAGGUCGGGAGAAGGAAGGUGUUGCUGAUGGAUGCUCUGCGAACAAGAAUGGUUUCUCUUUGCAUGAUCAGGAGGAGGGGGAGCAGCGCACAAGUGUUGAGCUGGGAGCAACCAUGGAAGAUCAAGAUGUGGUGGAGCAAGAAGGGGCGACCAAGUACUACACUGCUGUGGAAGAUCAGAGUAACAAUGCUGCAGAACAAUGUGCCGGUGAUGCACCAAGGGCAUUCAAGGAUGGCAACAUUGUGGAAGAUCAGGAGGUGGUGAACCAAGAAGGGGCGACCAAGUACUACACUGCUGUGGAAGAUCACAGUAACAACGCUGCAGAGCAAUGUGCCGGUGAUGCACCAAGGGCAAUCAAGGAUGACAACGUUGUGGAAGAUGAAGAGGUGGUGGAGCAAGAAAGGGCAACCAAGUACUACAGUGAUGUGGAAGAUCAGAGUAACAACGCUGCAGAGCAAUGGGCCGGUGAUGCACCAAGGGCAAUCAAGGAUGACAACGUUGUGGAAGAAAAGGAGAGGGCAAUGGAGCAAGGAGGUCCUGUUGGCAUACUGUGUGCAGCCGAGGAUGACAUUGCUGUGGGAUCGCAAGAGGAGGAAGGCGUGGUGGUGGAAGGGCAAGGUGAGGAUGGCAUUUCUGUACUGGAUCAACAUAAGAUGGUGGAGCAGUGCAUGAGUGAUGAGCUGGGAGUAGCCAUGGGUGAUAGCGCCAUCCAAGAUCAAGAGGUGGUGGUGGUGGAGCAAGAAGAGGUAACCGAUUAUUAUGAUGCUGUGGUGGAAGAUCAGAGUAAUAAUGCUGCUGUGGAGCAAUGCACCAGUGAUGAAUUGAGAGCAGUCAAGGAUGGUAACAUUGUGGAAGAAAAGGAGAAGGCGGUGGAGCAAGAAGGUGCUAUUGGUAUACUGGGUGCAGCUGAGGAUGAUGUUGCUGUGGGAUCGCAAGAGCAGGAGGGGGAGGAGGAGGUAGUGGUGGUGGCAGAGCAAGGUGAGGAUGCCAUUUCUUUACAAGAUCACGAUAAGGUGGUGGAGCAGUGCAGCAGUGAUCAACUGAGAACAACCACGGAUGAUAAUGCUGCACAAGAUCACGAGGUGGUGGAGCAAGAAGGUGCCAUUGUUGAAAGGGGUGCAACCGUGGAUGGCAUUGCUGUUGAAACUCAAGAGAAGGCAGUCGAGCAAUCUGCAGGUGACGAAUCAAGAGCAACCAAGGACGAGAAUGCUGUGGAAGAUAAGGAGAAGGUGGUGAAUCAAGGUGUCAUCGACAAACAGGGUGCAAUCAAGGAUGGCAGUGCUGUGGAGCCUCAAAAUGAGGAGGAUGUGGUGGUUGCAGAGCAAGGUGAGGAUGGCAUUUCUGUACAAGAUCAGGAUAAGGUGGUGGAGCAAUGCACCAGUGAUCAACUGAGAACCACCACAGAUGAUAAUGAUGCAAAAGAUCAAGAGGUGAGCAGGGAGAAGGUUAGGCUCAGUGCUGGAUAUCCGCAGAGGCCCGGCAGACCGAACUGCCGUUUUUACAUGUUAAACGGGAGCUGCUCAUAUGGGUUAUCAUGCUACUAUAAUCAUCCACAGCUCAAAGCAAAACCAGACGUUUCAAGUUUCCCCUCUGAACAAGGAAAUCGUGAAGUUGCAGAAUUUCUGGAACUGAACCGUGUUGGGCUCCCCAUCCGAGAAGGAGCAAGGAACUGCACCUAUUUCAUGCGUAAUGGUACUUGCAGAUAUGGGAAAAAAUGUUGUUUUAACCAUCCAGAACAAGUACUUGAUGCUCAGCUCUACAUGCCAACAGGGUGGGAUGAUACUAACUUGCCAUCUUCACCGCACUCGAAGAAAUCUUCUGAACAUGCAAUCUUAGAUGACUUAUCAUCUAGCUCAGAGUUCCUUCCUCCAAACAUACUUCGAAUGCUUUUACCUCCUCAAAAUGUGCCUCCUACUACUGAAGAAAGGGAAAUGAAGGUGAAAAAGGAUCCCGAUUGGUCGUCUGCUUCAGAUGAUUCUGAUGGGUGCUGUUUGGCUGAUGGUUCAGGUGGGCCUUUGUGCAAGCAGGAACAUGCGGACUAUUCUGAGAGGCCUGGUAGACAGGAAUGCCCUUUCCUUUUGAGAUUUGGUAAUUGUAAAUUCACAUCAGCAUGCCAAUAUUAUCAUCCAAAAGACAAAUUCUCAAGUAGAUACCAUCCAAAAGAUCCAUCACUGGCAGAAGAACCAAUGGUUUAUCCUGAAAAACCUGGUGAACCAGAAUGCCCCUUCUAUAUGAAAACUCGGUUCUGUAAAUUUGGGGUAGAAUGUAAAUUUCAUCACCCAAAGGAUUUACCUCCAAGUAUGCGGACCCCAACAAUUCCAAAAAGAUCGAUUGCUGCUAAUGAAGACCAUCCAACAGCAAAAACCACGCUGCAAGACCAUAUGUACCUGCAACAGAAGUAUCCUGAGAGACCCGGUGAACCAGCCUGCCGGUACUACAUGCAAUUUGGGAAAUGUAAAUUUCUGUCAGCAUGUGUAUUUCAUCAUCCAAAAGAAAGACUCCAAAGUGGGUGGCAUCCCAUAGCUCCAGUUCACUCUGACAAGUAUGAGACUUGGCAACCCACACACACUUUCAGAUCAGAAGACCAUUGCCAGCAGGAGCAGAACAUACUUGGCAUGCCAGAAUGCCCAUUCUACAUGAAAACUGGGACAUGCCAAUUUGGAUCAGCAUGCGACUUUGAUCAUCCAAAACGUUGGUGUUCAAGCAGAGGGAGUAAUUGAUGAUGGAACUGACUAUGAAAAUACGAUUACCUCACAAAGUCAGAGAAUAUUCUUCAGCAACAGGAACAGACAAUAGGUUACAUACAUUUGUGAGAUCAUUUUGCAACCACUUUUGCAGCUGAAUCUUAAGUGGAUAUAUGACUAGCUGAUGUGAGGAGGAAGAUCUGAUGACGAACAGAAACUUUUGUAGGAACGCGGCUCUAGCCCUAGUCUUCUCUUGUGAAGAGAUAGAUGAUUCUAGUCAUGUGUGUUCGUUUCGAAUUUCUGCCCUAGUCUAGUUAGAAUUCUUGUACCAGUUGUGACUUGCCUGGUGACUCCCACCUCCCAGUCAUAUGCCAUUUAAUAUUACCGUGCCCAGUGCCCACCCCUGUGGUGUAAGCUCGAGAUUGCGGAUCAUUCAGUAUGCAGCACUAGAACCCUGCACUCACUAACGAUCGUGGUUAUGGCAGAUUGAAAUCUCAGAUCGCCUUUUGUCCAGUUUGUCUGAGAUUAAUUA